UUUGCAAAAAUAAUAGAGAUCUAGUUCUGAUUUGUCAAUGAUUGAGUUAGAUUUUGUCUAAAUUUCUAAGGAUUUAACCAAAUAAUUGUACAGGAAGAAGCCAUGGUACAACUUGGGCUUCGUUUUAUAUUAUUCAAAACAAUACCAAAGCGCGCACAUGCUGGUAUUUACGCUGGAAAAGGGAUUAUGUUUGGUCACGUGGAAACUUUCUCUGGAAAAAAGAGUAAACGUUCCUGGAAACCCAAUGUACAUCGCAAGAAAUACUACAGUGAAGUACUGGAAAAAACAGUUACUUAUAACUUUACAACACAUGCGAUGCGCUGGAUAGAUAAGGCUGGUGGUUUUGAUAACUACAUCCUGAAUACAAAGGACUCCAAACUGCAUUCCAAAGCAGCAAUAGACUUGAAGAAACUCAUGACAAAAGUCAUAAAAAGCAAAGAGGAAGGAAUGGAAAUGGAUGAGAUUAGAGAAAAGGUCUUUCCUAAGCCUAAAGUGAACUGUCAUACAUAUAUUCCAAGAAACUACACUGAUAGAUUCUAUUUUGAUUGGAGGGGAAGAAAACAGAUAGUUUACUGUUAGUGUUAGUAAGAAAAUACAGCUCAGAACUUAUGAAGAUUUUCUGAUCUAUUGGUAAUAUAUGAAAUGGACCUCGCAGCUGAGUUUAGUUUCAGUCACACAUAACGCAACCUUGAAAACACGGCUGUGAGGAGACUACAUAAAUAUGUCAUUACAUAAAUAGACUACAUAAAUAUGUCAUUACAUAAAUAGACUUUUUUUCAAAUGUUAUCUUUUUCAAUGUUGAGAAAUGUAAUGAAACACGUCUCAAUUACAUUUUUGAACUUUA